CCUAAGAUCAUAGGCCAUCUCUGAUUAUCAGCUCUCUAUCAGUUGUGCCUGAAGCCUAAACAGACUCGUUUAACUUCCGACCAUAUGCUUAGCAUCAACCAGAGAACAUGACAAACACCAGCCUUUAUGAAUGGCUCUUUCGAUGAAAAAGAAGCGAUCCUUUGCUCAUUCACAACAGUUUUGUGCGAAGAUGUGCUUUCAAGAUCAAAAUAUCAAAAACAUGACUGAUUCACCGGUCUCCUGGCCCAUUCCCAUGAGGGCUAUUGGAGCUCAGAAUCUGCUCACCAUGCCAGGAGGAGUGACCAUAUCUGGAUACCUGCAUAAGAAAGGAGGCAGCCAGUUCAGCCUAAUGAAAUGGCCUCUUCGGUUCAUUAUAAUCCACAAAGGCUGCAUCUACUAUUUCAAGAGCAGUACUUCUGCUGCGCCACAAGGUGCAUUCUCACUCAGUGGCUAUAACAGAGUCUUACGGGCAGCAGAGGAGACCACAUCUGGCAAUGUUUUCCCUUUCAAGAUUGUCCACUUCAGUAAGAGACACAGAACGUGGUAUUUCUCAGCGGCGAGUGAGGAUGAGAGAAAGAAAUGGAUGCGAAACUUAAGAAAAGAAAUAGACCAUUAUAAUGGUAAAAGAAAAUCUGACAUUCCAAGUAAUGACUUAGAUGACUACAUUCCAAUUGAAGAAACUCUGGAAAUCAAUGAAAGUGAUAAUGAAGAUGAACCAGAUUAUGAGGUGCAAGAUGAAGACAGUAAUGAAGAGGACGUAGAACACAAUGGAUCCUCAGAGUUACCUGGUAGACUGCCAGUUCCACCUCCACCUUACCCACCACCCCCUGUCCCUGACCUGCCUAGAUACAGCCGCCACAUCAAGGGCCCGCUACCUCCACUUCCUCCUCCAUUCAAAAAACCUUCUUCCUGCUCAACCAAAAACAAUGGUCCUCCACCACUACCACCUGCCCCACAUCUAAAGAAACCAGAUAUGCACCAGCCAACCAAAGGCCCCAUGAGUCCAAUGCCCCCUCCACCUCCACUGACCAGCACAAAACCUUCAUUGGGCACCUUUUCCACAAUGCCCAUUUGCGAGAAGAAGCCCAAUACAUCUGUCAUGGGGAAUAAUUUACUCAUCAUAGAGAACUUGCAGAAAGUGCUCUUGAAUGCUGAAAAUAAGCCACCCAUUCCCAGUCACCACCUGGGGGGCAGGUCCACCCCAGAUCACAGGACAGUUUCACCACACCUGUCAACUGCUUUGAGUCACGAACCUUCUGGCCAGAUACUGAAGCCACCAGUACCAACCAAACCCAGAAGACCCUCACUCCAAAGAGCAUCACCAGAUGGACAGAGUUUUCGCUCCUCUGUAGAAGAAAACCCUUUGAAGAAACGAGCGCAGGGGAGAAAUAGCGAAGACUCAGAUGAUGACUAUGAAAAUGUUCAAUUGCCUCCCUCUGUCUUUGUGGACAUGACAGAGACCAGUAGUGUUGAAAGAUUAUUUAAGGAGACAUACUUCCCUCAGAAUGGUCUCUACUGCAUCCGAAAAUCAGGAACUGGGAAGACAUCCCAGGUGCUGGUUGUUUGGGACACGGGUAUAAACAAAGCCAGAAACUACAGGCUCUUUGAGGAGGAGCAGAGGGUUUACCUGGAGACAGAUAUCACUUUCCCUUCUUUAGCCGCACUGGUAGAGCACUACUAUAUUCACCCACUGCCCAGCAGCACCAACUCUCUGCCCAACUACUCCCUGUGCUUAAAUGUGCCUUAUGGAUACAACACACCCAGGUGACAUCGGCCCCCUUACCUGUGCUGAAACCAUGCACAAACUAAGCUUCGGUGCUUUGACCUACUUCAGACUGCUGCAGACAGCUCUCUCUGCUGGUCAUAAAGACUUAACACAUGCGAGUGGACCAUGAAUAAACUCAAUGUAUCACAUGAGGACGAGUCACUGGUUUGUUACAACUACAUACAUAUGGAAAUCAGAGUGAGGUCAUAACACAUUGAUUGAAAGUCUUAUGAAUAUUCAGGAGCCUUCAUGUUUUAGUUUGAGUUCAAACUACUUUUACUGCAUUGAGUCAGUACACAGAUGUGUACAUACUGCAGACUGGGUGAAUCUCAUAAAACGUGUCAAGAACAUGUCCAGGUCAUAUUUUACGACAAAAUCAGAAGUAAGAAAUAUUCAAUUAGAUCGUUUUUUUUUUUCAUGCAAAACAUUUGGAGUGAAAUAUGACUCCAACAUGAUUCUGAGAUAUUCACCUGACUAUAUGGGAACUUGUUGUUGCAUAACAGAGUUUGUCACAGGAUUCAAAAGUACAGUAUGUGAUGGUUUUGUCAGUCAUCUUUAUAACAUGUGAUCUAAAUAAUAGGAUCCACAGAACGCUACAUCACUGAAAAAUUGAUUUUCUAAUUGCAUUGUUAAUAUUCUUAUGGUUAAGGAUUAUUGUUUUUAUUACCAACAUAAAAAAGCCUCAUGAAUGUGACUGCAAUAUUUCAAUCCUGUAUAUUGCUGAUAUUGUAUAGAGUGUAUUAUAUUGUAUAUUAUACAUAAUUUAAUAACUAGAUGUCAUGUCACUUUUCUACUUUCAACACUGUGCAUGCCUGCGAGAGAAAUUACAAUCUUUCAUAGCACAUUGAAAAUAAAAUAAACUAUUGUAUAGCACUUAAUAA